AUCCUAUUCCCAUUCCCUUUAGACAUAUAUAUAUGCUCCCUUUGGAAACAACUUAAAUUAGAAACCAUUAUAUUUUCAAAGCUUCCAACAGUUGUUCAACACCAAGACUAAUAUCUUCCAUCUUCUUGUUCUUGUUCUUCUUGUUCUUCAUCUUCUUGAUGGGUAUUCAAGAAGCUGAGGUUGUUGGUGAUCAGAAUAGGAAAGAAAGCGAGAAAGGUUAUCAGGGUUUUGAAGAUAACUGGGUUGUGAAGGAAGACUGCUACCCUGAAGAUAUUUGUGAUUCAAGGUCCAUGGACUCCAUGGAAUCGUCUUCUUCGUGUUCGUCUGAUUUGGUUGAGGAUGCUUCUUCUUCUUCUUCAUCAUCUUUUAAUGGACCUUUGUAUGAAUUGUCUGAGCUCAUGAUGCAUCUUCCUAUAAGGAGAGGUUUAUCAAAGUAUUAUCAAGGAAAGUCGCAAUCUUUCACAUCUCUGGCAGGUGUGAAGAGCUUGGAGGAUCUUGCAAAGAAGGUGGCAGCUCCUUAUAGAAGGAAAAUGAAGCCAUGCAAGAGCUAUGGAGGUGGUUUGGAUAAUGGUCAGAAGUCUUAUAGUACUAGUCCCAAAGCCAUUAUCUCAAAGAAAGCUAUUUCAAGGGGUUCCAUCAGUAGUAAUACCAAGAGGAAAUAAUGCUCUCUCUCUCUCUCUCUCUCUCUCUAUUAAACAGAGGCAUUUAGGGAGUCGGUUUUUGACCUGGGUUUUUCGUAUACCUGAAGAAGUUGUUCAUCUGGAACAAUUUGAGGAUUUACAAUUUUCAAAUAGUUAUGGCAAGGCAUUAAUUUGUACAUGGUGAAAUUUCAUUGUUUCUUUAUAUAAGUUUCUAACUUUACCUUUGUUCUUCAACCGAAGGCAUUUGUUAUUUACCAUUGAUCAAGAAGAAUCCAGAUCUGAAAUGCUGUAGUAGGUUUUAGGGUGUAUUUUGCAUUUAUGUGGACACUUGAAGAGUGUUUGGCUAUAAGUGAACCACAGAGCUGGCAAUUUCUGUGAAAUUUGUUCC